AUGGGUGAGUUAACCAUCAAAUGCCUUUUGUACGCCGAUGAUCAAGUUAUUCUUGCGUCGUCGGCGGCUGAGUUGCAAAUGAUGGUUACAUUAAUGAACAGAUCAUUAAAAGAAAGGGGUAUGAAAGUGAACGCAAGUAAGACGAAAAUUAUGGUUUUUGAAAGAGAUGAAAGUAAAACGAUAUGUGAAAUAAGAAUAGAUGGGGAGUUGAUCGAGCAAGUAGAUGAGUUUGUAUAUUUGGGUUGCGUAUUUAGCAGGGAUGGGAGAUAUGAUAAGGAUAUAGAACGACGAGUGAACGCAGGAAACAGAGUAAAUGGGGCCCUGCACUCUAUUGUGAAGAGUCAAAAUGUGUCAAAAAAGGCACGUAUGGCAAUUCACAAUGCUGUGUUGGUCCCUACUUUAACGUAUGGUAGUGAAAGUUGGGUGUGGCAGAAGAAGCACGAGAGUAGAAUAAAUGCAGUAGAAAUGCGGUCGUUAAGGAGUAUGUUAGGGCUGAAUCUGAAUGACAGGGUGAAGAAUUGUGUGAUAAGAGAAGAGUGUGGUUUGCAAGAUGAUGUUGUGACCAGGAUUAAGAAAGGAAUGCUUCGGUGGUUUGGUCAUGUGGAAAGAAUGGAUGAGGAAAGAGUGACAAAGAAAAUUUAUGUUGCAGAAGUGAAUGGCAGAGUCGGAAAGGGACGUCCUAGGCGAAAAUGUAUCGACCAAAUUGGCGAUUUAUUGAAAACGGGCCAAAUUAGGAGUACCCUUAACCGACGAGCAUGCAUGCGUAGAUGUAUGGAUGUGAAGGAGGCGAGAGAGGUGUGUCAGGAUCGUGCCAAAUGGAAGUCUGUAGUCUCUGCCUACCCCUCUGGGUGA